CCUUCUCGGCGGGGCCCCAUUUAAGGCGCAUUACCGGAACGGGCUGAAGCCGGAGAGAGACGUGGAGUCGUCAAGUCGAAAGUAGAGCUUAAGUGCAGUUAAGAAGCAACCGUCAGCCAACCAUGAGGGAGAUCGUGCACCUGCAGGCCGGCCAGUGCGGCAACCAGAUCGGGGCCAAGUUCUGGGAAGUCAUCAGCGAUGAACAUGGCAUUGAUCCCACUGGCACCUACCAUGGAGAUAGUGACUUACAAUUGGAAAGGAUCAACGUCUACUACAAUGAAGCCUCAGGUGGCAAAUAUGUGCCUAGAGCUGUUUUGGUUGACUUGGAACCUGGAACCAUGGAUUCUGUAAGAUCUGGACCUUUUGGACAGAUAUUCAGACCUGAUAACUUUGUCUUUGGUCAAAGUGGUGCUGGGAACAACUGGGCCAAAGGCCACUAUACAGAAGGAGCUGAGUUGGUCGAUUCUGUCCUAGAUGUGGUAAGAAAGGAAGCUGAGAGCUGUGACUGUCUCCAGGGUUUUCAGCUUACCCACUCUCUAGGUGGGGGCACUGGAUCAGGGAUGGGUACCCUGCUGAUCAGCAAGAUUCGUGAGGAAUAUCCAGACCGUAUCAUGAACACCUUCAGUGUGGUGCCAUCACCCAAAGUUUCAGACACAGUAGUAGAACCCUACAAUGCUACCCUCUCGGUACACCAACUGGUGGAGAACACAGAUGAGACCUACUGCAUUGACAAUGAGGCUCUCUAUGACAUCUGUUUCCGUACCCUCAAGCUAACAACUCCCACUUAUGGAGACCUCAAUCAUUUAGUCUCUGCUACCAUGAGUGGUGUAACAACCUGCCUCCGCUUUCCUGGCCAACUCAAUGCUGACCUUCGCAAGUUGGCUGUGAACAUGGUUCCCUUUCCUCGCCUCCAUUUCUUCAUGCCUGGCUUUGCCCCUCUGACCAGUCGGGGCAGCCAGCAGUACCGAGCCUUGACUGUACCAGAGCUAACACAACAGAUGUUUGAUGCCAAAAACAUGAUGGCAGCCUGCGACCCUCGUCAUGGGCGUUACCUGACAGUAGCAGCUGUCUUCCGAGGCAGGAUGUCUAUGAAGGAAGUGGACGAGCAGAUGCUGAAUGUCCAGAACAAGAAUAGCAGCUACUUUGUGGAAUGGAUCCCCAACAAUGUCAAGACAGCUGUGUGUGAUAUCCCACCCCGUGGCCUUAAAAUGGCAGCUACUUUCAUUGGUAACAGCACAGCUAUCCAGGAGCUCUUCAAGCGCAUCUCGGAGCAAUUCACAGCCAUGUUCCGUCGCAAGGCCUUUCUCCACUGGUAUACGGGUGAAGGCAUGGAUGAGAUGGAGUUUACAGAGGCCGAGAGCAACAUGAAUGACCUGGUCUCAGAAUACCAGCAGUAUCAGGAUGCUACUGCUGAAGAAGGCGAGUUUGAAGAGGAGGCAGAGGAGGAAGUUGCAUGAAGAUCUCUCUUCUCUACUCUAUUCUACUCUUCUCUUGUCUCUUCUCUCUUCCUGCCCAUUACUCCUCCUCUUUAUUCCAACCAGUCUUCUGAACCAUAUUGGACCAUGUUGCCUGCAUUGGCAUAGACUUGGAACAUUCUAAGCCAGCCUAAAGGAUCUUAAAGUGGAAUCUUCUAAGGCUUACCCACCUGCCUGCCUAUCUCAAAUUCUGCAGGGUGGAGUUAUGCAUAUAGGAGUACUGUGUUGGUAUGAGGAGGAAGAACGGGCUUCUCAGUUGUAUUCAGGAAUGGCAGCCACUGGUAAUGUUUCUAGCUAAAAGCACUAACCAACAUAUUUUUCUCAUCUUAUCCUCUCUCCCAGUCCCCUCCUCUUUUCUUUUCCCUCUGCCCAAUAUCUCAUGCGCAUCCCUCUGUGAUGUCUGUCUUGAGUGUUCUGUGUGGUCAUGUGAGUUUUUGUUUCCAAAGAUGAGUACGCACUAACUUGCAUUUGUUUUGCUUUUCUUCAUCCAUGUUGGGCUUAAAGGAAAGAUUAAUGGAACUGGGGGGGGGGAGGUAGUUGAGGGGAAUGGGGCACUUUAGUUCUUUAGCAUGAAACAUAGUCCCCCCCUUCCUUUGAGUGUAUUUGUUACGAACAAAUUGUAUGUCUCCACAAUAAACUACUGAAAAAUAAUUCAGGCUAAUGUUGGUUUCAGAGAUUGUUUUAAUUCUACCUUUCAAAUGCAUGACUUUCUCACUGUCUGUUAAUGUAUUGCAUUUAUAUACCACUUUUUUUUCCUCCGGGUGUUCAAGGUAGCAUACAUGGUGACCUUCUCUAGUUUUUAUCCCUACAGCAACCCUUGCAUUCUCAGAAACUAGGGAAGAAAAAUGAGGUUUUUCAGAAUUUAGAAGUCAAGGAUUUGAUGGGCAUUUCAUCUUUAUCUCUUAAGCAAGUUUCUGUCUGAGGAAAUCUCUGAGAAAGGAUGGAACUUCUCACAGAGUUCCUUUCUUAAUGUAUUCACUAUAAAUGAAGGCUGAGUAUACUUACAUGAUUUCCAAGACUGUAGCCUAACCCUGGCAUUAAAGCUGAUAAAUGAAACUCUGCAAAUCUACCUUCCUUGGUCAUUUGUUUCUGUUUGGGGCUUGACAUCGUGAGGUAAGCUGAAGUAAGCUAGAGCAACUGACCCAAAUUUAUCCAGAGAGUUCAGUGACUGUGUUGGGACUUGAGCUGGGUCUCCCCAAGCCCUUGUCCAAUCUCAUAACCACUCUGCUGGAAAAGCAGUAUGGCCCUCAGAACUGGGAAAGGCAUAAUUGAUUCUUUUUGCUUUACUCUAUAAAGAUUUAACCUGAUUGAUGAUGAUUAUAUACCAUCAAAUCACUUUUGACUCCUAGCAACCACAUAGAUUUUUUCUGUGAUUGGCUAAACCUGGUCUUUCAAAUGUCCCCAAACAGUGUACUCAUUGAUGACUAUACGGGUACAAUUUCACACAACCAUUUGGGGCUACAAAAGUCCCACAGCAGAGGCAAAGAUGAGGGAACUAGCAGAAUGCAAAGCAAGCAGGUCUGAGUAGUGGAACAAGUUAUGUCUUCCCUGCUUGGUGUGACUACUUGAUUAAUAAUGCACCUCAUUUGGGGUAAUUACACUGAGAGUUCCCUGCAGCAUUUUCUCUUUACCAUUUUUAACUCCAGGAUCCAAUGAAGCCAUUAACUGAGAAAAUACUGCUUGGUAAAAUUCAGUGCAUCCUGGACAAUACCAUUAUUUUAUAUAAGAUGCAAAUUUUGCCUUCCUUAAAAUCUUGGCUUCUCUUAGUUUGUGCCUUCCCAAAAUAUUUGAAUAUGUGUAAGUAAUUCCAAUGGUCAAUAUGUACAGUGAAUAAGAUGCUAGAUUAGACUAGGGGAGACCCAGUUGAAUCCAGUCUCAGCUUACUUCACAAUAUAAUUGCUAGAAUAAAAUGAAGAAAAGUCUCUCUGCAAAUCCCCUUGAGUUGGGGAGGAAAUUUGAGAUACAAAUAAGAAUAUUAAUAUAAAUAAGCAGGCACUUCCAAGAAGGAGAAGUUUUGGCAGGGGUGAAAUCUACUUAAUGUCAAGGUUCCAGAAAAACCUCUUCUGCAUAAAAAAACUCAGAAGCCAUUGUUUUUCAGAGUUCUUUACUAGCAUGAGGAAACUGGCACACGAUGAGUGAAAUUCCAAAACUGAAUUUCCGGAUUCUUUUCCCAGUUAUACAAACCCCAAGAGUCCCACCCCCCUGACCCCUUUGAUGGUCACAUGGUCCCACGUUCUCCCAGUUCAUUCGAAUAUCUUCCCGCCACUCCUCCUGCAGAUGUGAACACCAUCCGACCUUGACCGCUUGAAGAAUGUUACCAUACCCCUCAGCCCCCCUUCUUCCCCUCAGGGGAAAAAUGUGGCAGCGUCUGGAACCCUAAAGUCUAGUAUGGUUUCCAGGCCUGACACUUACCUUCCUUACCGGUUUGGAAGCGCACGCACUGCACACACACACGCAUCACCUGUGCACGCAGACCCUCUGCAUGCGCAAAACCUGUGCAUGCGCAGAGGGUAAAAAACACAUUACUUCCUGGUUAAAACCAGAAAGUAACAACAACCUAGCAGGUGGGUGGAAUUUCGCGCCGCCAUUGCUACCGGUUCUCUGAACCACCCGCCACAAUCACUACUGGAUUGGCCGAACCGGGAGCAUUUUACCCCUGGGUUUUGGGUAGAGCAUUUUGCCCACUCACUUCCUUUUUUCUGAGAAGAAAGUUGCAAUAUCAACAGUCUAUUUUCCCUUUCAUGAUAGCCUCAGUCAAGUUCCUCCAAGUGCUAAAUAAGAUUUCAAUAUUCCUUGACACUUUUAUUCCUUCUGAUUUUCAGUGACAAGUGGCUGGGUUUGCACUGAGCCUCAAGGCAGUCAUAUAACUCUCAUUUUAAGUUUUGUAAGAUGUUCCUGUAAGCACGGAGGGGAAGUGUGUACACUAACCCAGCAGCUUGGAUCCUCAAGUUUGUUAUCCCCCAUUAAUUGGAAGCCAUGUAAAAGUGAUCAGGCUUAUAUCAAAAAUAAAAAGAGAAUGUGAGUAA